AUGCCCUACAACUACGGCUGGUCGGUACAAGAGCCCAACUCAGGCAACGAGUUCACGCACCAGGAGGGGAGUGACGGUGUGCUGACCUCAGGUCAGUACCGGGUCAACCUGCCCGACGGUAGGGUCCAGGUGGUGACCUACACGGUGCAGGGCGACAGCGGUUACCAAGCCGAGGUCACGUACGAGGGUGAGGCCCAGUACCCGCCAGUGGGAGCUGGUCAGCGGUACACGGGAGCACCUGGGAGCCCGCGCUAUGUCGUCGGAGCACCCCAGCAGUUCGCCGGGGCAGAUGGUGGCCUGAGACCACUUGACGUAACCAUCGACGCGCCCUUUUACUGA